AAAAAAAACCAAACAAACACAACAUGAACAGCAAGAGUAUCAUCUCAUUGUUGCUCGUUGCCGUUUUGGCCAUCGUUUUCAUGUCAAGUGGAAUUGAUGCCAGAAAGAGCAAGGCAAAGAGAGCUGCUGAAGCAACACUGAAACGUUGCCAAGCAUUAGGUGACCCACACUACAAAACUUUCAAUGGAAAAUUCGAUUUCUACGGAGUUGGUGAUUACGUUUUUGCUCAAACCAAUGACGGUAAUCUUAUUAUUCACACUAGAACUGGAAAGUGGAACAAGGCUUCAGUCAAUACCGCUGUUGCUGUUAAACUUGAAGGAUCAAGAAUUUUCGAAUAUGAUGUUGUUUCUGAUAAAUUCUUCUUGAACAAGGUCCCAACCAAGAUUAACGUUGGUGAAACCGUCUCUUUGGGAACCAAAUCAUCAGUUAAGAGAGCUUCACAAACUUCAUUCGUUGUCACUGCAUCAAAUGGUGCCAUCUUGUCUGCCUCUUAUUCCAGAAGCCCAGCUUAUUUGAAGACUGGAUCAAUUGGUCACAUUAACUUGAUUCUCGAUUCACCAAAGUCUGUUGACUACACUGAAGGAUCAUUGUGUUCAAGAGCAAAGGUUAACGCCAGAACCCGAUUGCCACGUGCUAUUGGUAUUUUGCAUAACCACAAGAUUAGAAAAUUCAGAAAGGUUCCAUCAACCAAGGAUUUCCCAGCUGAUAAGGUCAAGAAGGCCAGAUCUGUCUGUAGAAAGGCUGGUAUCAAGUUGAAGAAGCAUCCAAAUGCUUUCAAGGCUUGUGUUAAGGAUCAACUUUUGACUGGUAAGAAAUUGGGUAAGAAGAUUGCCAAGAAGAUCGCCAAGGUUGAAAAACUUGAAGAUAAGAAGAAGAAGAAACUCGUCAAGAAGAUUAUCAAGAAGGCCAAGAAGGCUGCCAAGAAGAGACUUGUCAAGAAGAAGAAGUUGUUGAAGAAGUUGAAGAAAUUGUUAAAGAAGAAGUCUCGUGCUGCUAAGAAGGCUGUUAGAAAAUUGAAGAGAAAGCUCAGAAAGUUGAAGAGAAAGCCAAAGAAGGUCUCCACCAAGACUAAGAAGGCUAAGAGAGCUUCAAGAAAAUUGAAGAGAAAGCUCAGAAAGUUGAGAAGAUGUGCUAAGAAGGCUAAAUCUUUGAAGAAGAGAAAGGCUUGCAGAAAGCUCUUGAAGAGAAUUAGAAAGUUGAGAAAGCUCAGAAAGUUGAGAAGAAGAGGUGCCAGAAGAGGUGCUAGAAGACCAAGACGUGUUAUCAUCAUCAAGAAAUGCAAGAGAUCUCCAAGAAGAAGAGGUGUCAGAAGACCAAAGAGAAGAACUUCUAGAAAGAUCAAGAAGGCCCAAAAGAAGAGAGCUAAGAAACUCGUUAGAAAGCUCAGAAAGAUCAAGAAGGCUCAAAAGAAGAGAGUUAAGAAGGCUAAGAGAGCUGCUAGAAAGGCUAGACGUGCUGCUAGAAAGUUGAAGAGAAAGCUCAGAAGAUUGGCUAGAAGACUCAAGAAGGCCAAGUCUUUUAAGGCUGCCAGACGUGCUAGACGUGCUUUGAGACUUGUUAAGAGACGUGCUAGACGUGCUGCUAAGCGUGCUUGUAAGCUCCGUAAGAGAGCCAAGAAGGUCAAGAAGGCUCUUAAGAGAAAGGUCAAGAAGGCCAAGAGAGCUGCCAGAAAGGCUAGAAAGGCUAGAAGAAACAGAAGACUCUCCAAGAAGGUUAAGAAGAUCGUCAAGAGAACUUCUAGAGUUGUUGUCAAGAAGACAACUGCUAGAAAGAUCAGAAAGUUGUUGAGAAAGGUCUUGAAGUUGAAGAAGAGAUUGGGUAGAAAGUUCUGUCCAAAGAAGCACUUGCCAAGAAAGCUCAGAUUGCUCUUGAAGAAAUUGAAGGUCAAGAUUGUUGCUUGUAAGAGAGGUAGAAGAGUUUCUAAGAGAAGAAUCAACAAGAGAAAGCUCAGAAAACUCAGAAAGGUUAGAAAGGUCAGAAGAAACAGAAGAGGUGUUACUGUCAUUGGUAAGAGACUUGCCAGACAAUUGGUUAAGGUUUCUAGAUGUUAAUUUAACUCUUAAUAAUAUAAUUUAAUUUAUUC